CAAAGGGUAACUCGCCUUCGCGUCAACACAGACUUCAGGGUGAAACUUUUCCACGAGCGUCCUCCGGUUUGCUUGUUGUCCAGAAAAGCUGAAAAGACUCGCGCAGCCCACCCAGGGAUGCCAAAUUGUCGUGGAAAUUAGACAACACUCGCAGACUCAUCCUCUGAAGCAUAGGCAGGAUGGCAGAGAGCACAGAUGUGGACCAGAUGCUAAGUGCCUUUAAGAAGUUUGCUAUCCAUGGAGACACCAAAGCCACAGGGAAGGAGAUGAACGGCAAAAACUGGGUCAAACUCUGUAAAGACUGCAAAGUUAUUGACGGCAAAAAUGUCACGUCCACUGAUGCAGAUAUUGUCUUCACUAAAGUCAAGGCAAAGUCAUCUCGGGUCAUCACUUAUGAGGAGUUUCAGAAAGCUCUGGAAGAACUGGCCCUGAAGAGGUUCAAAGGUCAAAGCAAGGAAGAAGCAUUGCAGGCCAUACACAAGCUGAUUGAGGGCAAGGAACCUACCAAUGUUGGUGUUACGAAAGUGGCGAAGAGCGGAGCAGUGGACAGACUAACAGACACCACUAAGUACACAGGCUCUCACAAGGAACGCUUUGACGAGAGUGGCAAAGGCAAAGGGAAAAGCGGCCGCGAGGAGCUUGUAGAGAACACUGGCUAUGUAGCAUCAUACAAGAAUGCUGGGUCUUACGAUGAGAAGACCAAAUCCAAGUGAAGGUCGCAAGGCUGGUGGAACGUGUGAGGAAUCAGGAAGAGCUCCAUUUCCAUCAGCACUUACAUCUGGACCAAAGGCAGACCUGAACUUUGUCAUGGUGGAAGCCAGUGAAUGUCAGGAAAUUAUGUAAACAGCUGUGUCUGGGGUCUCCGGAUGCAGUUAUUUAAAUGUAUCAAUGUUACUGUUUUGUCGUUUUAUGAUGUUUCUGUACAAUGUGUCUUCAAAUGUUAAUGCAUCUUUCUAAAUCUGGCCAAUUUUAACAUUCAUACCAAAGCUAAUUAACUAAUUAAAGUAAAAAAAAAAUAAAAUAAAUACAUGUCAAAACA